ACAACACCUUUGGAACAGAAUAACUCUGGACUGGCCGCUCUCACCAUCUCUAACAUGACAAGAGAACAUGCAGGGGAGUAUGUGUGUAAAGCUCAACACUUCAACAGGACUCUGACAGCUUCCAUUGUUGUCACUGUGAUGUACCAUCCAGUGAUUCUCAAUGCUUCUGGGUGUGUCAUCCAGGCCAAGUUCAUGACUUGUGUGUGUGUCAGUCAGGGGGUCCCCUUACCUCUCAUAGGCUGGCUUAACACUGAGGAGUACUGCCUCACUAAAUCAGUGUUGAGGUCCUCAGUGAACACCACCAUCAGGAUGCAUGUCGGAAACCACACCAACACUACUGUGGAGUGUGUCAGCACAAAUGAAGUGGGCAGAGUGAGAGAGAAGCUGCAAGUCACCCAAAAAGAGAGCCAAGGAAAGCAAGGAGAGGAAGUGUCUAAAGACAUCUUGGCUAUGCUGUUGAACCCACCACUGAUUGCUGCAUUUGCGAUUGGUGCAGCCUUCUCAGCCACCAUCUGUUGUAUCUUCCUGUGUUUGACAGGGAAAUGUAAAAGAUGUAAAGAGAGGAUCCCAAAGGACUCAGACUCCAAAAGCCCUUUAACGAACCUGGCGAUGGUGGCAUGUGAAGACCAACAGACGGAUGCAGGACAGGCUGUGCGGGGCGAACAGACCCCUCUGCAGGUGGUGCUGAUGGAGGGAGCUGAAAACACAGAACCCCAGACCAGUGGAGCUGCAGGAAACUCUGCCAAAGGGGAUGUGCACUACGCCACUAUCAACUACUCCCUACUGAAGAAGAAGACUCCUGAGGAGGCAGAGAAGGAGACCACCACCACAGAGUCAGAGUACGCCAAAAUCAAACGAGAGAAGAAGAAAGAAGGGGAUGAAGAUGGAGGAGAGGGUAGUGGAGUGAUGGACGAGGAGGAGAAUGAGCCAGCAGCAGAGACAGAUGAGGAUACAACGCUUUACUCCAACGUCAAGGCUAUUAUGGGUGGUGGUGAGUGACACAGCAAUUUCGCUAGAAACGUGGGGGAUAGCAUGCAGUAUAAUAUAGCCAUGUGUUCUUAUAUCAUUUCCUGAAUCCAGAUAGAAAGUUUUAUGUUGAUAAUGGGACUUUUGUUCAACUGAAACUACUGUAGUUUUGGUGUUGUUUCCUCAUGUGCUGAAUCCAGUUUGAAUGUUUUACGAUAGUACAGAGAUGUUGUUUAAUAACUGGAACUACUGUAGUUAAUAGUUUUGGUAAAUGCUUUAUUUUACAGCCCUGUGUCAGAUGGUACUGUAUGUAUCUGGUGGUUGUACAUUUUCAAUAAGAAUAUUUUCUAGUUGUACAAAAAAGGAAAUUUUGGUAAUGUUUUGUAAUGUUUUUCAAGGAAGUGUCAUUUUACUUUUGUAACGAUUGUGUUUUGUCACCAUGAGGAAGGAUUGACAAAGAUGUGGUUUGGAAAAGUAAAGAGGUCAAACCAUUUCUUUUUUUUCUCCUCUUUCCUUUCAUUUUUGCAUUUUGAUUUGACAAGUGGGUGGGGAUAUUAGGUAGUAUGUGUGGAUGUAAUCAAUAUAUUUCUGUAAAUAGAAUACUGAUACACUGGCGAAAAUGUUGACAAAAUGUUAUUUAAGAAUUCUCAUUUUGAGCUAGCCAGAGAGCUCAAAGGAAAUGAAUCAAGAAAAAAAGUACAUUGUGCUUUUAAAAGUUGUGUGCUAUAGACGGGUUGGUUGUUUAGCAACAAAACAGAUGUGCGCACAACUAUAAGGUAAAACAGACGGGUUGGCUUAGAUUGUUGACAACAUGUAAACUAUAUUUAGUCUCCAAUGUUUAAAAAUAUAAAAAUCAUUUGUACAAUGAGCACAUGUUUUUUCUCAAAUACAUUGUUAGUUGUCUGGUUAGCUAGGUAGCAUUUUAUUUGUGCCAAAUUAGCAAAUAACACACAAAAAAAAUACAUUU